AUGUCCACUGGCUCGCCUUCAGCCUACCUACUAUGGGCAAUCCUCUCCUGCAUCUUUCUCGUUUUCUUCUCAAUUCAUCUAUGGCUUUACGACAAAUUUAAAUGCCUCAAGUGGCACGCUGGCCGCCAGCCAGGAGCUUUCAAAAGGGUCAUGACAUACUCGUACCUCGCGACGCUGCCAUUGCUCGUCGUUUUUGGUGUCACGAUGGCUACAAUAAAGUUCAAGGAAGGUAUGUCAUCUACCCUCUCUCGUCCCACUUUAACAUCGAUUCCGACAGUAAUCUCCACGCCCAUCGAAUUCUGGUCGGACGCCAACCGCCGUUGGCUUCUACCGUUGUACUUCGUACUCAGCGUUGCCUGGUCUCUCGAGAUUGUGACCCACCUAGAAGAAUUGACAUUCUGGUUAUUCUUACUGCACCAGGGGCCAAAGCAACGGGAAUGGUUUCACAGCUGUGAAUUUAGGGUGUGGUAUAUCGGGAGUAUGAUAGCUUUAUUGGGCAUGCCCUUGACCACCCUAUUGACCAGACAAAACCUGGACACGUGUCAAGCGUGGAUAUUUCUUAUGGGAUCCUCGGCCUCAACAUUCACUACCCUUUGCUUCCUUUAUGUUUUGUUUCGGUUUCCCAGGUUCAUUAGAUACGUCAAGGACGAAGGUGCUCUCCCUGACGUGGUAAUCCGCCUGGUAACCUUUUACCAACUCAACCUGGUACGCGUUGCCUUCCGUUUCAUCUUCACAAUCCCGCUUCUUGUUCUCGCUGCGGAUGGCAUACGAUCCGCUGCUGACAACAUUGUCAAAUCGGUUGAUCGUUGCGCAGAUUUUCUGUUGAUGACAGGAGGCAUAGGCUGCUUUGUCUCCUCGGGAAUAACCCUGAUGAUAUUUUUUCCUCGCUCCAUUACGCAAGAGGAAGGAUACAAAGCAAGAGACGCCUCCCCAAACUCGGGGAAGGCUCCCACGGUCGUACCCACCUCACCACUCCCCGACUAUUAUGCGCAGCGCCAAGCAUCUCCUCCCAAAUCACCUUCGUUGUAUCAGACCUCAGAGCGUGCGCCCAGCCAGCAAAGCGGGAUACAAUUGGCGGCGUUCCGCGACCCAGCUCACCGGCCUCCCCGUCAAAUGCUUAGCCACCAGCCAUCAUUAUCAGCCGAAGCUGAUGAUGAAGAGGAGGCGCCAGGGUAUGAGUCUGAUGAAGACAGUGUUGCCAUGUCGGGACGCCUCACCCCAGUUGUCACGAGCCCUGUAUCUCACGCACCGUCAGACGACACAAUGUGGGAACGACAGGAUCCUGGGCGGAGUACCGAUGUGGAUCCCCCCAAGCAACCCAGUGCUUUCCAUCACAGACAUGUUCGGCCGUCGAUACGCGAAACCCAAGGAUUGACACUUCCCGUGCUAGCCUCACGGCGGAGUCCACAGCAGCAACCACAGUCACACCUACACCCAUAUGUUGUCAACUUCACAUCGCCUAUUGACCUUCUUGAUGACACGGAUGACGGUAUCCCAAGAGCAGUGUGA